UACUGGUGGACAGGUUCAUUGUCAAUCAAACCUUCUGCUUCUCCGUUUCUUUUCAACCCCUCAAUUAUUCAACAAGCCUGAACACCUGCAAGCUGCUAUGCUAACGUGCGCCCAACCCAAGUCCCUCACCAACACUAACCCAUAACCCAUGCGUUGACCGACCGGUUCCCACCUGGCGCAUCUUAGCCUCACUCCUAGCAUCAGAAACAGAGAGGGAACUUUCACAGCGAAACCAACGGUCUUGGGGAAACCAAAAACAGUCGUUAAAUUAUCUAAUUUUCUCUGCUUUAUUCCUCAGAGGUUGGUAUGUGGAAUUCAUAACCAAGAAAGUUUUAAAUGAGGGAAGAAUAGAACCAAUGCUGACAUUUUUUCUUUUCUUUCCCUCUGGUUUUUUGCUUCACUGAAGAGUAAAACCACAGGAAUGGAUGACUUAACCGUUGGUGUUCCAUAUACCAACCAUGAAGAGUUAGAUAAAGUUAAUUUGCAUGAAGAGGUACCAAAAAAUGGUAUGGAAAUGCAGCCUGCAGAUGAUGCUAUGAAAUUUUUAGCAGCAGUAGACUUCGACCUAGCAUAUUCUUCUAAGAAGUUGGUAAACUUGCAUUUGCUUUUGAUGCAUCUAUUGGUUUGGAAUAAUGAUCUAGAAGCAAUGGCCAUGGGUGAUAGCCUUAGCUUGGAAAUAUCAGUUGAGAAGGCACUAGUAUUUGAUCUUUUAUCUGGAAUUUUAGAUUCUGAGUUACAAGAGUUUAGCAGAUUCUUGGAUGCACUCAGAGCACAUAUAUUUUAUGCCAGUCAUAAGAUAUCUUCAUGCAGACACUCGAAAGAGCUAUUUGUUAUAAUGGAAGAAAAGUUGCAUGAUUCUAAAGAGUCAUUAAGACAUUCUCAAGAGCAGUUCUUGGAAAUCAGGAUGCAAUUGGCUGAAUUACAAAGAUCAUUUUCAUAUUUCAAGGAGGAGAAAAGGAAAAAGGACGAGGUAGUUGAGCUUUCAGGAAAUGAUCAGCUGUUUGACAGUUGUGCGACAUCAAAAAAGCAGACAACCUUACAACAUAGACAUGUUAUAAGGACACUGGAGAAGUCUUUCUCAAGAGAGCUAUAUCUUGAGGAGAAAUUAUCACUGCUUAGGCAAAAUGAAGAACAAUUGAAAUUAAAGUUGCAUUACACUGAACAGGUGGCUUUUCGCAUGGAAGAAGCAGCAGAAGUUGUUUGGGGAAGGUUUUUAGAGGCAGAAAAUGCUGCAGAGGUGCUGAUGGGUAUUUCAAAGGAACUACUUGGCCAGCUUCAUAUUGCUCAGUUGAAUUUAUAUGGUUCAAUGCAACGAGAAGUUCAACUCAAAUCUAAACUUGAAGAUUGCAUUGAAGAGCUAAGUGCCAAAGAUGUUAUGCUACAAAAGCUUGGAAGAAGAAAUGAAGAACUUGAGAGCAGCAAUUCACAACAUGCUACCAUAAUUUCUGAAGUUCUGAUCUUAAAGGAAAAAAUAAAAUCACUUGAGGAACAACUGAAAGAUACUGAAUUCCAGCUGGAGAGUGCAAAUUCCUUCUAUAAAACAAGCCAGGAGCAGCUUGAUGAAGCAGAAAACAUUAUCGAGGUACUAAAAGAAAGCAUUUAUGAGGCAGAAGGUAAGGCUGGAAGUACAGAAGCCAAGGUUACCGAAUUAACAGAGGCAAAUUUAGAACUUACCGAGGAGCUAAAUUUUCUCAAAGGUAAUGAUAGCGACACAAAGAAGAUCAGCCUACUUGAGAAGCAGUUGAGGGAGCAAGAGAUCCAAUUACAAAAUGCAAAAGCUUCAUCUCAAACAAAUCAAGAACAGCAAAACAUGCUGUACUCUGCAAUAUGGGAUAUGGAGACUUUAAUUGAAGACCUAAAGUCAAAAGUUUCAAGAGCUGAAACUAAGACUGAGAGGGCAGAGGAACAAUGUAUACUGUUAUCUAAAACUAACUUUGAGUUGAAUAAAGAACUGAAGUGCCUGAAGUCUAGAAUGGAAGAGUUGGAGACAUCUUUGGACCAAGUGAACAAUGUAAAACAUAGGAAUGCAAAAGAAAUUAAUUCAAGGACUGAGGUUAUGAUGGACAUGGUUAUGCAGCUAGCAGUGGAGAGGGAGCACAUGCAGAAGCAGCUAAAUCUUUUGUCGAAGGAGAACAAAAUUUUGUUGGAGAAGUUACAAAAAUUAGAAACAAAAGCCUAUAUGACUACACCUUGUAGUGGAGAUAUUCAUGAUCAAAGGCUCAAGUAUUCCCAGAACGAAUGGAGGCAAACUACUUGUACGAAGGAAUCUGAGAAAGCAGAAUCUUUGACAACAUGUUUGCAGAAUAGAUUUGUAAAAGAUAAAGCUGAUUGCGUGGAGCCUAUGACCCAGACGGCUAGUUCAAAACUCCAGCAUGAGAGUAGCGGAAAGGCUGGCAAACUAAGCCAUGCAUGCGUUUUUAUGGUUGUGUUUGUUGUAUUACUUUCAGUUUCAGUCAUAUGUUUAUCCAACAAGAAAAGUGUCCUGUUUGAUAAUUUCUGAUGGCUGGGGAAAAGCUUUUCCCAUUGUGAUUCAGGCAUACAUUGUCCUACCAUGUAAAUUUUUGUUCUUUUUUUUUUUAAAUUUUUUUUCUUGUUUCCAUUUUUUAUUUGUUAAUGUGCUUUUAUUUUGUUACCAAUCUUCCAUUGUAAAUACCAAAAGAUAAAUGAUUUGUAGUACAUAUUGUUUGAUACGGAAAA